UCCCGCACGCCCCCUGCGCUCGCGCGCCGCCUGGCCGCCCGGGAGAGCGGGCUGCCGCGGGCUCGGGCUCGGGGGUAGGCUUGACUGCGCGGCCGGGCCGGGGACCUGCGUCCGCCGGCGCUCAGGCUGACUUCUUUGGCUUCGUGAGACCCCAGCCGGGACGCCAGUCCCCUCCAGAAUGAAGGUCUUCCUGCCGGUGCUGCUGGCUGCCCUCCUGGGUGUGGAGCGAGCCCACUCCCUGGUGUGCUUCUCUUGCGUGAAUAAGAACAGCAACUGGUACUGCCUGAAGCCCACCGUCUGCUCCGAUACGGACAACUACUGUGUGACCAUCUCUGCAUCCGCUGGCAUCGGGAACGUGGUGGACUUUGGCUACACCCUGAACAAGGGCUGCUCCCCGAUCUGCCCCAUCCCGAGCGUCAAUCUCGGUGUGGCGGCCGUGAGCACCCACUGCUGCCAGAGCUUCCUGUGCAACCUCGGCGCGGCCGACGGCGGGCUGCGGGCCAGCGCCACCGUGCUGGGCCUCGGGCUUCUGCUCAGCCUGCUGUUGGCCCUGCUGUGAUUUGGCCCCUGACCCCCGGGACCCUGUGCCCGGCCCAGACUCCCAAAGCUCAGGAAGGAAGGAAAGCCCAGCUCCUCCCAGACCCAAGAGGAUCUCGAAGCCUCCUCCCCUAGACUCCUCACCCUGCUGAGCCCACCCCCUAGGCCCUGGGUCCCCACAGGCAGGCCUGCCCCCUGCACCCACACACCUGCCGGCUACCCUUACAUCCCGGUCAGCCUUCCAGGGGGAACCUGGGAACGGAGCCUGAGGGCCCCAGAGUCAGAACCACGUCCCAGGGACAUGCUGGGAGGGGCACCUGAUCCCAGGCCUGCCCCUGUCCAGGCCCUGUCCGCCCGCAGGUGCGGAAGAUGUGCUGUGCGGACAGGCGCUGGUCCGUGCGCCCUGCCGGGCACGGGGACAAGAAAACUUCCCUGCCUGACGUGGAGGAGGAGCUGAUGAUGGAAGUUUGACGUCUACUCAAGAAUGAGGAAGAAGGUGGUCUUCUUCCCCUCACUUUUUCUACAUUAUAAAAAUGUAG